AUGGCACCCAAUUUCCAGAUCGAGAUUGACAGUCUGCCGGUUGAUCGCUCUGCUGGGUUCCAUCAGAAAGUGGUGGAUGGUAUUGAGGACUUACUGCUGGUGUUGGCUGAGGAUGGUCGUGUGUUGUAUGCUUCNACCAAAAGCUUCUCGCUCAUCCAGAUUAAGCCUGAAGCUCUUAUUGGACGUUACAUCAGCACAUACAUGAAUGUCGACGAUAUCCCUGUAUUCCUGUUGGAGUGGAAGGAAAAUAUGGCACUAGGAAGCUCUUGGAGAAGCCAUCAUCGACUACGACAAGGAGAUGAUACCUACAAGCCCUUUGAGUCGACCUUUAAACCAUACACCGACAACACCGUGGACGGCAAGACUGGUUCCAAAAAGGCAACNAAGCUGUGCUUGAUGACUUCAAGACCUUAUCAGAUUACGAGUACAUCCUUGAUGGACUCAUUCCUCGAACACUAUACCACAAACAUCCGCCUAACCAACCAGCUGGCCUGGCUGAAAGGAGAAGCCGAGGAGUUCUACGAAAGCACAAUAUCGACCACAACAGCCUGUAUUCAGAAAGACGACACCACAGUCCAGUGUGCUACCUUCAAACUCGAGACUACGACGGCGAACGCUACGACAGUGAGUGUUUCCAGAAUCUAG